UUUGGGGCACCUUUUAGAGUAUUGGUGCAUCUAAAAUCCCAUCAACGUAUUCACACUGGAGAGAAGCCGUACAGCUGUGACCAAUGUGGGGCAGCUUUUAGAGAGUUGGGGAAUUUAAAAUCCCAUCAACGUAUUCACACUGGAGAGAAGCCGUACAGCUGUGACCAGUGUGGGGCCGCUUUUAGAGUGUUGGGGAGUCUAGACGUCCAUCGACGUAUUCACACUGGAGUGAAAUCAUUUUGUUGUGAACACUGUGAGAAAGCUUUCAGUACGUCAAGUAGACUAAAAGUCCAUCAACGUAUUCACACUGGAGAGAAGCCGUACAGCUGUGACCAGUGUGGGGCAGCUUUUAGAGUGUUGUGGAAUCUAAACGUCCAUCGACGUAUUCACACCGGAGUGAAAUCAUUUUGUUGUGAACACUGUAAGAAAGCUUUCAGUACGUCAAGUGGACUAAAAAUACAUCAACGUAUUCACACUGGAGAGAAGCCGUACAGCUGUGACCAAUGUGGGGCAGCUUUUAGGCAGUUGGGGAGUCUAAAAUCCCAUCGACGUAUUCACACUGGAGAGAAGCCUUAUUGGUGUGAACAGUGUGGGGCAGCUUUUAGAGUGUUGGGGAGUCUAAAAUCCUAUCGAUGUAUUCACACUGUAGAUAAGCCAUACAGCUGUGACCAGUGUGGGGCAGCUUUUAGAGUGUUGGGGAAUCUAGACGUCCAUUGACGUAUUCACACCGGAGUGAAAUCAUUUUGUUGUGAACACUGUGAGAAAGCUUUCACUACGUCAAGUGGACUAAAAGUCCAUCAACGUAUUCACACUGGAGAGAAGCCGUAUUGGUGUGAACAGUGUGAGAAAACUUUCACUACCUCAAGUGGACUAAAAAUCCAUCAACGUAUUCACACUGGAGAGAAACCGUAUUGGUGUGAACAGUGUGAGAAAACUUUCACUACCUCAAGUGGACUAAAAAUCCAUCAACGUAUUCACACUGGAGAGAAGCCGUACAGCUGUGACCAAUGUGGGGCAGCUUUUAGGCAGUUGGGGCAUCUAAAAUCUCACAGACGUGUUCACACCAGAGAGAAGCCGUACAGCUGUGACCAAUGUGGGGCAGCUUUUAGGCAGUUGGGGAGUCUAAAAUCUCACAGACAUAUUCACACUGGAGAGAAGCCGUACAGCUGUGACCAAUGUGGGGCAGCUUUUAGAGUGUUGUGGAAUCUAAACGUCCAUCGACGUAUUCACACCGGAGUGAAAUCAUUUUGUUGUGAACACUGUAAGAAAGCUUUCAGUACGUCAAGUGGACUAAAAAUACAUCAACGUAUUCACACUGGAGAGAAGCCGUACAGCUGUGACCAAUGUGGGGCAGCUUUUAGGCAGUUGGGGAGUCUAAAAUCCCAUCAACAUAUUCACACUGGAGAGAAGCCGUACAACUGUGACCAGUGUGAGGCAGCUUUUAGCUAUUUGGGGAGUCUAGACGUCCAUCGACGUAUUCACACCGGAGUGAAAUCAUUUUGUUGUGAACACUGUGAGAAAGCUUUCACUACGUCAAGUGAACUAAAAAUCCAUCAACGUAUUCACACUGGAGAGAAGCCGUACAGCUGUGA